UUUAAAUGACUGCGGAAAAAGAGACUCUCCGAGCCGCAAAUGGGAAGACGGAUUCUCAGACAAGGCUUUGGAAUGCCCCGCAGCCAUCAUUUAACUGCGCCCUCAGAGCAGUUACGGUUUGUCACUCGACCCUCCCGGAUCACCUCGUUUGUCCCUAGUGAGACCCCCAGGCUCUGCCCGCGCCGGGCUUCUCAGUAGCUGGAUGUGUGUCGUGCUCCGGGCAGCGCGGGCGCAAGGCACGCGUUCGCUCUCACCCACGCACACACGAAAACGCGCAAGACUAAUUUUCUGGAGUUUCUGCCCCUGCUCUGCGUCAGCCCUCACGUCACUUCGCCAGCAGUAGCAGAGGCGGCGGCGGCGGCGGCGGCGGCGGCGGCUCCCGGAAUUAGGUUGGAGCAGGAGCCUCGCUCGCUGCUUCGCUCGAGCUCUCCGAGCUCCGUGCCCAGCGGCAGGAGGAGCCUGGACCCAGGCGCCGCCGGCAGGCGGUAGGCUCCGGAGCCCGGGUGAGCAGCGCGGACAGUGACCUCCGUCGUCUCGGCCCUCAUUGUCCCCCUUGGGGUGGCCGCGGCGCCUUCCCAGCCCCGAGGUGCGUCCCGGAUCGCAGCGCGCGUCUAGCCAGAAGCCUGAGCCCCAGAGCAUCCCGGGAGCGCCGCGGGCCGGUGCUCGGCUCGUUGGGCCAUGCAGCGGCGGCCGCGGAGGAGCUCCGAGCGGCGGUAGCGCCCCCUGUGAGAAGGCCCGAGAUGCCCCUGCCACUGUGAACGGUGCCGCCCGACAGGACACGCUCAGCCCCUGACACGCUCGGCUCUGCGCGCCUGAGACCAGCACCGAGAGGAGAGAGCGGUGAGCGCGGCAAAGGCCACUCGGCGCGGGCAGGGGAGACCGGCCGGGACAGCUCAGCGACACGCACUCAGGCUGACUCGGGCUGGCACUGGUGGCUAGGAAUGUCGUCCUGGACCAGGUGGCAUGGACCCGCCAUGGCGCGGCUCUGGGGCUUCUGCUGGCUGAUUGUGGGCUUCUGGAGGGCCGCUCUUGCCUGUCCCACAUCCUGCAAGUGCAGCGCCUCUCGGAUCUGGUGCGGCGAUCCUUCUCCUGGCAUUGUGGCAUUUCCGAAGCUGGAGGCUACCAGUGCAGAUCCUGAGAACAUCACCGAAAUUUACAUUGCAAAUCAGAAAAGAUUAGAAAUCAUCAACGAAGAUGAUCUUGAAGCUUACGUGGGACUGAAAAACCUGACCAUUGUGGAUUCUGGAUUAAAAUCUGUGGCUCAUAAAGCAUUCCUGAAAAACAGCAACUUACAGCACAUCAAUUUUACCCGAAAUAAACUGACGAUUUUGUCUAGGAAACAUUUUCGUCACCUUGACUUGUCUGAGCUGAUCCUGGUGGGCAACCCAUUUACGUGCUCCUGUGACAUUAUGUGGAUCAAGACUCUUCAAGAGACUAAACCUAGUCCAGAAACUCAGGAUUUGUACUGUCUGGAUGAAAACAGCAAGAAUAUUUCACUGGCAAACCUGCAGAUACCCCAUUGUGGUUUGCCGUCAGCAAAUUUGGCCGCACCUAACCUCACCGUGGAGGAGGGAAAGUCUAUCACAUUAUCUUGUACUGUUGCAGGUGACCCAGUUCCGAAUUUGUACUGGGAUGUCGGUAAUCUGGUUUCCAAGCAUAUGAAUGAAACAAGCCACACACAGGGCUCCUUAAGGAUAACUAACAUUUCAUCUGAUGACAGUGGAAAGCAAAUCUCUUGUGUGGCAGAAAAUCUUGUAGGAGAAGAUCAAGAUUCUGUCAACCUCACUGUACAUUUUGCUCCAACUAUCACAUUUCUCGAAUCUCCAACCUCAGACCACCACUGGUGCAUUCCAUUCACUGUGAAAGGCAAUCCCAAGCCAGCGCUUCAGUGGUUCUAUAACGGGGCAAUUUUGAAUGAGUCCAAAUACAUCUGUACUAAAAUCCAUGUUACCAAUCAUACGGAGUACCACGGCUGCCUCCAGCUGGAUAACCCCACUCAUAUGAACAAUGGGGACUACAAGUUAGUAGCCAAGAAUGAAUAUGGGAAGGAUGAGAAACAGAUUUCUGCUCACUUCAUGGGCUGGCCUGGAAUCGAUGAUGGUGCAAAUCCAAAUUAUCCUGAUGUAAUUUAUGAAGAUUAUGGGACCGCAGCAAAUGACAUUGGGGACACCACGAACAAAAGUAAUGGAACCCUUCCCACAGGUGUUGUUGACACGGGUCGGGAACACCUCUCGGUCUAUGCUGUGGUGGUAAUUGCAUCUGUAGUGGGAUUUUGCCUACUGGUAAUGCUAUUUCUGCUGAAGUUGGCAAGACACUCCAAGUUUGGCAUGAAAGAUUUCUCAUGGUUUGGAUUUGGGAAAGUAAAAUCAAGACAAGGUGUUGGCCCAGCCUCAGUUAUCAGCAAUGAUGAUGACUCUGCCAGCCCACUCCAUCACAUCUCCAAUGGGAGUAACACCCCGUCGUCUUCAGAGGGUGGCCCUGAUGCUGUCAUUAUUGGAAUGACCAAGAUUCCUGUCAUUGAAAAUCCCCAGUACUUUGGCAUUACCAACAGUCAGCUCAAGCCAGACACAUUUGUUCAGCACAUCAAGCGACACAACAUUGUCUUGAAAAGGGAGCUAGGUGAAGGAGCCUUUGGAAAAGUUUUCCUUGCUGAAUGCUAUAACCUCUGUCCUGAGCAGGACAAGAUCUUGGUGGCCGUGAAGACGCUGAAGGAUGCCAGCGACAAUGCACGCAAGGACUUCCACCGCGAGGCCGAGCUGCUGACCAACCUCCAGCACGAGCACAUUGUCAAGUUCUAUGGCGUCUGCGUGGAGGGCGACCCACUCAUAAUGGUCUUCGAGUACAUGAAGCACGGGGACCUCAACAAAUUCCUCAGGGCGCAUGGACCGGAUGCAGUGCUGAUGGCCGAGGGCAACCCACCAACGGAGCUGACGCAGUCGCAGAUGCUGCACAUUGCCCAGCAGAUCGCUGCAGGCAUGGUCUACCUGGCAUCGCAGCACUUCGUGCACCGAGACCUAGCCACCCGGAACUGCCUGGUGGGCGAGAACCUCCUGGUGAAGAUCGGGGACUUCGGCAUGUCCCGGGACGUGUACAGCACCGACUACUACAGGGUUGGUGGCCACACAAUGCUGCCCAUUCGCUGGAUGCCCCCAGAGAGCAUCAUGUACAGGAAGUUCACCACCGAAAGUGACGUCUGGAGCCUGGGGGUCGUGUUGUGGGAGAUCUUCACGUACGGGAAACAGCCCUGGUACCAGCUGUCGAACAACGAGGUGAUAGAAUGCAUCACUCAGGGCCGAGUCCUGCAGCGACCUCGAACAUGCCCCCAGGAAGUUUACGAGCUGAUGCUGGGGUGCUGGCAGCGAGAGCCCCAUAUGAGGAAGAACAUCAAGGGCAUCCACACCCUCCUUCAGAACUUAGCCAAGGCAUCCCCAGUCUACCUGGAUAUUCUAGGGUAGGGUCCAUUCCCCCAGACCAGUCCUUCCCAAAGCACUUCCUCAGUUGGGCCAAGAGGAUGAACGUCUUUUAACUGCCGCUCGAUGCCAUCAAUCCGCUGUUCUUUGCUCUGACAGUAUUAACAACAAAGACACCGAGAAGCUUUCCGAGGGAAGCAACAUGUACUUCUCCACCUGUAGACACAGUAUGGACUUCUUUUUAGCAUUCUCUUUCUCUCUUUCCAUCUCCCUUGGUUUAUUCCCUAGUUUUGGGGGUUUUUUUCCCUUUAUUUUUUGUCUUCCUUGCUUUACAACCCUCACCUUUUCUUUUUUAAUCAAUCUGGCUUCUGCAUUACUAUUAACUCUGCAUAGACAAAGGCCUUAACAAACCUAAUUUGUUAUAUCAGCAGACACUCCAGUUUGCCCACCACAACUAACAAUGCCUUGUUGUAUUCCUGCCUUUGAUGUGGAUGAAAAAAAGGGAAAACAAAUAUUUGACUUAAACUUUGUCACUUUUGCUGUACAGACACCGAGAGUUUCUAUGGAUUCACUUCUAUUUAUUUAUUAUUAUUAUUACUGUUCUUAUUGUUUUGGGAUGACUUAAGCCUGUGUAUGAAAAAGGAAAACUUGUGUUCAAUUUGGGAAGCCUUUAUCUAUGGGAGAUUAAGACCAGAGAGAAAGAAGAUUUAUUAUAAACCACAGUAUGGGAAGAACAAAGACAACCAUUGGAAUCUACUGGCGUCAGUUUCAACUUAAGAAAACCCAGCCACUGGUAGCUGGGAGGAAUGUAUCGGGCACCUUCCCCCAAGAACCUUUCUGAGGAGUAUAAAGACUGUUGAACCCUGUGCCAUGGACUAUUCUUUUCCCAUCACCGGAAAUGCUAGAGUGUAGUACAGAGAAAAUAUGGCUUCUGGGAGGCAAGAUGGCACACAACACGUUCCGACAGUCUCAUCUUGUAGGCCAUGGUGAUGGCACUGGUUUGUUUUGCCGAGUGUUAUCCACGGAGCCUUUGUCAAGUUGAGGUGGAUUCUCGUCCAGAGAUCAUUUCAGGGUCAGAUGGGAAAGCCAAGGACUUGGAAAAGAGAGGACAAGCUCUAAACUCGGAGGCAAGUUUCUCUUACAUUGAACUUUACAGACAGCACUUCCUUCGACCCCUGCCCUCCACCCCACCCAUCCAUCCAACUGUGCAAGCAAAACUGUGCAUGGUCUUCGUCAAUUAAUACCUUGUGUGCAUAAACUACCACUCCAGACAUCGUGCCCCCUGAUAUGUAGAGCAGAUCCGUAAAAGGUAUAACUUAAAUAAUUAUGGGAAGCUAAUUGAAUUCAUCAGCUGAGUAUAAAUGUCUCUGGGUCGUAUGGUGGUGAUGGGUUGUUAACAAAUACGGACCCUGAAACUUGGAUAUCCUCAACGACAUCCCACCCACUGUGGGGCUGGGGGAAGGGCAAAAUCAACCCCCAAGGGAGAGGAAACCUCGCCCACCCUGGGGGUAUCACAGGCAUUGAUGUUCAGUGUACACAGGCUGAGACCUUGCUCUGGGCUCUGGUUGGGAGAGUGGUUUCAUUCUAAAUGUACUCCAUUGUCAAUAAGCCGUUUUGUUCUUUUCACUGCAUUUUAAAAAAGUAAAAAUUAGGCACAGCAUACCAAUGGGGGGCUAUGCCCAGACUGAGCUUUGGAGGUGUGCUUCUGGGCAUAGUCACAGGUUUUGCAAAAAGAGGUUGUAAAUUUAAAUGGAAAUUUACAGUUACCUGGGUGAUCACUUAUACCAAGGAAGAAAAUUUUUUCUGUUCCUCAAGAAAACUUGCUACCCUCUGUGAGGGGAAUUUUGCUAACUUGGCAUCUUUAUAAUAUGAGCCAGAUUGAAAGGGAGUGAUUUGAAUUCAACUUAGGUCAUUUUAUUUCAUGUUUGUUUCUGAAGGUGCAAGUGCUCUGUUUAGGUUUUGCUUGUGCCCUUAAUUACUGGAGCACCUUAUUUUCCAUUAUAGGCAUUGAAAGCCAGUUCUCAAAAAAUCAAAAGUAUCCGUUAACAGAGAACGAAAGGAAACCCAGUAGUAUCUGCUGUCAAAUGAAGGGGGUUGGACAAGACAAACCCCAUAGUCCUUUCAAGUUCUGCACUGGCCUGUGAGACAUGGGAGCUGAAUUGUUGUUCUCUUGGUUGGUGACAAAAAACCCUCCAGAACACACAUAAUAAUAUAAAGAAAGCCAUAUCUCCAUGAUAUAUACCUGCAUGUAUAUAUCCUAUUAAGGACCCAUAGUACUGUUAAAACACUGUGGCACCCUGUGAAGCAGUAAGAAGAGGCAGGUUUGUAUCAAACUUCUCUAGAUUUCAUCAGCAAUGACCUGAAAACCUCCACAGGUUUGUCAUUCUGUGCAACUGGCCAGCUGCUCUGGGGGAAGAAGCUGCAAGUUACUUGUUUGAUUUUAACAGAGAGCAAAGGAGGUAAUACUCGAAGGGUUCAGAUUAAAGGAGGGCUGUGCAGUUUUGGAGCAAGGAUUUGUUUAAAGCAGAUGAGAGGAGGGAAGCAUUCCCCUCCCCUUUCAGUGUUGUUUUCCUCUGAAGGAAAAAAGCAAAAAAAAAUUUUUUCCUUACCUUCUGACUCCCUCAAGGUCUUGAAAUGAAAGGUUCUAUGCAAGUGCAAAGUUUUAUAGUUAUUUAUAUUGCUGCUUAUUAUUAAUUUUUUUCCUCUGUUGUCUCAAGAGUAUGUACUGACUGCAGAGACGUCUCACAUUGAAAGGAUCCCAGAUUGCUUUUAAAGUAGCCGAACGAAACACAAACCAUCUUCGAGUCUCCACCCUUGUUCCUCCAGAAUCCUCUCUUCUCAUGCUUAUAAUGUUAAGAAAAGGGCCAACCUAAUUCAGCAGCGCAAAGGUCACAGAAUGGGGCCCACCAUCAGAUGCAUUAAAAACUACAAGAGCGGUGACAAACCCAAUUCUCUAGCCUGAACUUGGCCUGACAGUUGUUUCCAUUUAUACAUUGUUUCAUAGUUUCCCAAGCAUUUUUUUUCACAUACGGUGACAAAUUAUUCCCAUUUUUUAGAGGUGAGGAAAUUGAGACUUGGAGAAGUUAAAUGACAUGCUAGAACUCUCCAGGCACCCCUGGGACUUAAUCUAAGUACUCUUGACUCUGAAGUUCAUGAUUUGGUCCACGAGAGACUCUCAUAUAUAAACAAACUGUAUGAAAGAGAAAGCUGGCUAACAAAUUCAUGAAGUAGGAUAUGAAAUGAGAAGAGCAAAAUGAAUUAUGUGAGAUGCGAGCAGCUGAGAUCUCAUGAUAUAUAACCAUGUUCAUAGCUUCAGAUAAACCUUUGCACACUGGACCAAUGUCAUAAUCAGGCUUAUUUAGGAAACAUUUUGAACUAGGCUAUAAAAGAUGAUAUCAGAAUUCACAUUAUGUGUUCACAUCAGCGCUCCCUGUGAUAUUUCCACGUAUUUAUAUGUGUGUUAUAAAUACUUGAUUUAUACAUAGACAAACGCACGUGCAUAGUGUGUUUGUGAGCUUAUGUAUAAAUUUAUAGGCACACAGUAAUAGACAUAAUUAUGAGUAGGGUGCAAUAUGAAUAAUUUGCUUAAAAUCUGCUGAAUAACCAAAACCUUUUUAAUGUCAUGUUGCUGGUAGUGCUUCCCUUCUCCAUGUAGGUAGGACCCCAUUACACUUUUCAACUCUGUGCAGUACUGCAUGGGUGGGAGACAUAUUUAAGAUAAUGUGCUUCCCAUAAUAACUGAAUCGAAGCCAUCCCACUACAUUGAGUCCUUUUUUCUGGCUCUUUGCAAAGGAAAAUGCAGCUGGAAAUAGAUCUCCUUAUGUAAAGUUCCAGAAAAGGAAAAUUUAUUUUUUUUUAAUCCUUUUGCACAUUUAUUUGUAUUAUGCUCACCUGUCCCACUGAAACCCCUUUACACUUGUUUUCAGAGGCCAAACACUCCAGAAGAGCACUGGAGUGUAGGGAACCCAGUGUCCUGAAGGCCAGUGGUGAGAUCCAAGACCCCUCUGCAAGGUGAAUUCCCACAUCCUAGUGGAACACAAGAGACAACAGUAUACAACGCUGGCCUUUGCAAAGAACCAUGACGACAGGAUCCCCUGGUCAGGAAUAGACUUCUUUUUAUUUUUUUUAAGCUUUUCCCUUUUUACAUUGGACCUUCUAUAAUACCAAUAACAAUAAAUCAUGUAUCUAAUUAAAUAAAUGACUACAGACACACAUACCCUCAAUUCUCUUGCUCUUUCUUUCCCUUUUUUCCCCCAUUUGAGGACUUUUUGUUUCCCAUGAUGAGCUUCAGUUUGGUCCUAUAUAUCACUGUUACAGAAAAUCUCAUGAGGGGGAAUGCCAGAGACCCAACUCCUCAGAUGGCUAAGUGGGCAGUUAAAGCAGUUUCUUCCCAAUUCGUGAUGGUAGGGUGCAGAGACUCUGAGGUUGAGACAGCAAAUGAUAUUCUAACACAUCCACAGUGGGAGGGACUUGGAUAGAAAUAUGAAGGGGUAUGUUCUUAUUGUCAGGGCUGGAAUGGAUCACUGCUGCUGUAAGUCAAAGGUUCUCGAAUAUCCUUAGUUUUUGUAUUUUUUUUCCUUUUUUUCUUUUACCUUUAUUUAUUUAUGUAUUUAUUUAUUUAUAUAUAUCUUUGCUCCAUUCAUCACAGACACAAAGAGAAGCAAAAAAUAAAAUAAAAUAUAUAUAUAUAUAUAUAUAUAUAUAUAUAUAUAUAUAUAUGUCUGUGUGUUGCAGGCAAAACACUGUGAAUUUCACAAGAGCAACCAAGCAACUCUUUGCCAUCUUAACAUUCGUCUCAGGAGACGCAAUGGGAAAACAUGAGAUGCCAUUUUUUUUAGUCUAUGCAUUUUGGGCCAGGUCUGUGUUUAUUUCUUUGGUCUGUACCUUAAUGAAAAUGGUCCUGAGUGAAGGCUGAAUGUUCAACAUACUGGAGCAAGCAAAAUAAAAGCUGCUAAUUGCCACAGGUUUGAAUUGGGAGAAAAAAAAAUAAUUGAAGAAAAUGAAAUGUAAAGGCCUGCAUCUUGCAGAUUGUAUGUCUUACUGUAAAAAUGUAUAAAACUUCUGGAAGUGUUUCAAUAUGAGGUCUUUGAAUUAAAUGUGGAUUUUAAAUAUAUAAUCCCUGGGCAAAUGACUAAAUUAUGGUGAAAUACUGUUCCUUGCAUUCAUUGAUCAUUAUCUAUCCCUCACAAAUCUGCCUAGAGAUUCAGUCUCUGGAUCUGCUUCUGUACAUGGAGAGAUGUUUGUAUAUAUCCAGGCCAUAUCUACACACACACACACACACACACACACAUUUCAACAUCUAAAGAUAUAUUGCCCCUUAAAUUGUGACCUGGUAUUUGAAACUCUCUUUUCAUUUGCUUUAUUUUCCUUUUAAUGUGACGUCUCUGUACUGAUACUUACUGGUUCUUGUUUUGCAGUCUUUUUGGAGGUCCAUUGCUUUAUUAAGACCCACUGCAUCUUGGCUGAUUUCAAAGUGACACCAGAAUAUCAGUGCUUAAAAAAACAACAAAAAAAGUUUUGUUUGUAAAUUAUGUGACCAGCUUCUCUCAACCUGACAUGGAAAGUCUAUUGUACUACACUGUAUUUAAUAAAAAUGAUGUCUUACAAUAAAUAACAUCCUCCAAAAGAGACACUAAAA